AUGGAUUCCUGGUCGGACGGCAUUGUUGUUUUGUUAAUUAGAUUAUGGGGAGCACAAACUCAGAGAUCGUUGCACAACUUUCAUAUUGGUGGCCUUUCUGAACGCAUGCCUCUACCCAUCGUUCGCGCCUUUGGCAUCUUGAAGAAAUGCGCUGCCAAGGUGAACAUGGAGUAUGGUCUUGAUCCUAAUGUAGGAGAAGCGAUAAUGCAAGCAGCUCAAGAAGUAGCAGAAGGAAAACUGAACGAACAUUUUCCACUCGUUGUAUGGCAAACUGGAAGUGGCACACAGAGUAACAUGAAUGCUAACGAGGUUAUUGCAAACCGAGCAGCAGAGAUUCUUGGCCGUAAGCGUGGUGAAAAGUUUGUACACCCAAAUGAUCAUGUCAAUAGAUCACAGUCUUCAAAUGAUACAUUCCCAACUGUAAUGCACAUUGCAGCUGCAAAGGAAAUAAACUCAAGACUAAUCCCCAGCCUGAAAAUCUUGCAUGAUACACUAAACUUAAAGUCAAUUGAAUUCGAAGAUAUUGUGAAGAUAGGACGAACUCAUACUCAAGAUGCAACACCUUUGACUCUUGGGCAAGAAUUUAGUGGGUACACUACACAAGUGAAGUAUGGUAUUGAGCGAGUAAUUGCGACAAUGUCGCGCAUGUAUCAGCUUGCUCAGGGUGGUACGGCUGUAGGGACCGGAUUGAAUACAAAGAAGGGGUUUGAUGCAAAGAUAGCAGCAGCAGUGGCCGAGGAAACAAAUCUGCCUUUUGUUACGGCAGAAAAUAAGUUUGAGGCCUUGGCUGCUCAUGAUGCGUUUGUUGAAACCAGUGGUGCCCUUAACACUGUUGCGGCUUCUUUGAUGAAGAUUGCUAAUGAUAUACGACUAUUGGGAAGUGGUCCACGCUGCGGUCUUGGUGAACUCAUUCUUCCUGAAAAUGAACCAGGAAGCAGCAUUAUGCCUGGGAAGGUUAACCCUACCCAAUGUGAGGCUUUGACAAUGGUUUGCGCACAGGUGAUGGGAAACCAUGUUGCGAUCACAGUUGGUGGAUCAAAUGGUCAUUUUGAGCUCAAUGUAUUCAAGCCAAUGAUUGCCAGUUGUCUCCUUCGUUCGGUAAGACUGCUGGGAGAUUCAGCUGCUUCAUUUGAAAAGCAUUGUGUGAGAGGUAUUGAAGCUAAUAAGGAAAGAAUUUCAAAAUUACUGCACGAGUCACUGAUGCUUGUGACAUCCUUGAACCCAAAAAUUGGUUAUGACAAGGCAGCGACUGUUGCCAAGAAAGCCCACAAAGAGGGAACUACUCUUAAGGAAGCUGCAUUGAAAAUUGGAGUGCUGAGCUCUGAAGAUUUCGACAAACUUGUGGUACCUGAGCAAAUGCUUGGACCAUCCGAUUAGGUACCUCGUAAAUGUUUUGUUCUAAUGAUUCCUUGUUCCACCAUCGCCUACAUUAAAGUACCUUGUUUUGAUACUAUUACGUACGUAUGCUUUAUACC